AUGGGGGGUCCCACUCCAUCCGUCAUUUCUCCUUUCCAACUUCGCUUUCCGAUUUCCUCUGCCUCCCUGUCAGCUCUCCGCGCUCCUCCCCAAACCUUCCGUUAUACCGACCGUGGUGUUAGCAUGGCGACCAGUAGGAUUGCACUGCCUGCGACUGAAUUCCCCCUCCACGUGCCAGUGGGCAUCGGUGGGUACGGGGUGACGCUUGAGAUGAAGGACUACGAAGUCCUUCGCGACGAGAAGGCCGAGUUCACAGAACCUUGCUUCGACCUCGGCCUCGCGUACGAGCUCGAUCGUCUGGGAAAAGGCGACAGGAUGAUCCUGAUCCGCGGUGCGAGUCUUCGCGCUGCCAGGACGGCGUCGAAGGCGGACUAUCUGAUUUUCGGGUCGGCCUUCGGCUUCGAAGCCCUCGCCAUCCCCCUGUGCACCGGUGGCGGACCUCUUCCCGGCAGGCACUGCAGCGUCCUGCUUGUUGUGCGCCCUGGCGACCUGCUUUUGCCCGACGAGGAGGAGAUCGGGACGCUCUACCGCCACCUCGACCCCAAAACCUCCUCCAAGCGGCACGAGGAGGAGGCGGCCAACGUUGUGAGGUUUUUCGGCGAAUGCGUGAAGGCGGAGUUGAACCGUGGGGGAAGGCAGUGGACGGCUGCGCCUCCUUCCGCCAAAGUCCUCUCCGAACGUCUGGAGAGUCUUGCCGCCCCCAUCCGUGAUAAAUUGCCCGACAUCCUCAAGGAGGAGGUCGCCGGCACGGGGCUGUUGGCAGUCAACGCGUUCGCGUGGUCGUUGGAGCAUCUGGACGACGUGCAUCGCAGCUACGAUCCGCUCAUCGUCGAGAACCCGAAGAUGGUCGGCUUGAAGGCGCUCCGACUGGAGCUGCUGCACCACGCGGAGAAGGCCGCGUCGAACAAAGGGGAGGCGGCGUCGACCGUGGGCCGUGGCGUCGGAACCGGCAUCGCUCUGGAAGAGGAGGACGUGGAGCGUGAGGAGGACGACGUGGCUGUCACCGGCGAAGAGGAGGCAGUACAGUUCGCCGGUGAGAAGGUUGCGGAUAAGAGCGGCGGCAGCGGACCCAAGUUGGGCAAGAAGGCCCGGGGCAGCAGUGGCUCGACCCCGACUAGGAUGGCGUCAAAGGCGGCUAUCGAGCGUCUGAAGGCGGCGGAGAGGGAGAUCAAGAAGCUGAGGGAGGAGAAGCUGGUGGCGGAAAAGAGGCUGGAGUUCCAGACGGCCCGGAACGACACGAUGUACGGCGUGGUCACCUCGGCCGUGAACAAGCUCACUACAGUCGCCGAGGGCGUGACCCAUCUCGAGCAGACGUCGGGGAGGAGCAUCCAAACGGCGGUGGACGCUAUGAGGGCGGUCGUGCAGGAGGCGGUGAGCUAUCACGGCUCCACCCUAGAAUUCAUGAACACACAGUGGCUGCCCACCGUGCAGGCCCUGCACUUGACGGCUACUGCUGCACAGGGUAGGCGACGGGAGGACGACCUCCUGCUGCUUCGAGGUGUGGCAGAUGCUCUUGGCCAGAAGAUCAAAGCAGUCGUGUCUGCCGAGGUGAAGGCCGCCAUGGAGGGCGAGGCGCAGCGGAUCGCCGCUGCCGUGACUGCGAAGGUCGUCCAAGAGCUUAGGGACGACCUGGUGAAGGCGGUCACCUCCGCGACCCAACAGGGCAUUGGCACCGCCGGCAACCAGGCGGUCGACCAAGGAGCAGAGGCAGCGAACGUCGCGGCGGCGACUGCAGGGCCGAGUGGCUCAACGGUGGAGGCGGCUGUGUGGAGAGCGACGGAAGAAGCCGGCGGGGUGGACGAAGAGAUCCUCGCCAGCAUCGUGAUGCCGGACCCGGAAAUUGAGGUCAUGCGGGAAAAACUACAAGCAGCAGCUCCCACCGUGGGAGCGCAACAGGGUGCACCAGCCGCCUCGACUGCUCCUGCGGAGGACCAUAGCGCGGCUGGCGCCAAAUCCCCCCCGGCCACAACCGGUGAGGUCGGCGAUGGGAAGCAGAAGCGCAAGGGCAAGGACAAGGCGAAGGGCGGCCCGGCGAAGGUCGGCUCUUCCAAGGGGACGUCCAAAGCGGCCGCGCAGGGUCGGAAGGGUUCAGGCGUCCGCGUUGACCCUUCAAAUGGGCUGGCCGUCUCCGAGAUGAAGUUUGGGAAGAAGAGCCGUUACAUCUGCCGGUCGAUGGACAAGUCUGAGGCCGCCUACUGCAUCGCUGUCGCCGUUUCGUCGUUCGACGGCUUCGUCAGCGACGUGGUUCUCGAGGAUUUCGGUGGGGUCAAGGAGGAAGUGAUGGUGCAGUAUAAGGCGGACUGGAAUGUGGCGCGAUUGAUUCCGGGGGGCAUGUGGAUGGUCAUGUGGAGCCGAGGGGCGAACGUCUUCCGCGACAGGUUCCAACAGGUGGUCGCGGAAUACAACAGGAUAACCGGAGCCGACCGCGCAACUCUCAUGUUGGCUCUUCGCCCGGCGGUGUGGUUCGGCGACCUUCCGGAGUCGACCGAGCCCGAGAAGGCCGCAAAGAAGAAGGUGGCGAGCGACAUGAUCGCACGCGUUUCGAUGUGUGCCGCCUUCGCACCGGUGGCCGCGAAAGUGACGCCCAUUCCGGGCGUUGGGUCGGAGCGGUUGUCCGAGAUCCUCGCCGGUACUGCGGCCGCGGUGUGGUGUUUUUCGGAGACCAAUGCCACGGCGGAAGUAGCGGCCGGCGAAGGGGGGGCGGCAGCGACCAUGCGCGGAGCGUCCAACGAGUUCGCGAGUCGGUGUCGGACCGUCAUCGAGGCGGUGCUUCAGCGGGCGGCCUCCCGGGUGGUCGUCGUAGGGGAGGUCGCCGAAACGGUGACGAAGGACCUGCAAGCGGCUGUGGUGAGGUCGCUGCCUGAGGUCGGAGAGGAGCGCGAGCACGACGAGCUGAUCGCCCGUGUCAUGAUAGAGAACCUCGCCUUCUGGGGGGACUGCAAUGUCGGAGGCCCGAAGCUCAAGGCUCGCGGCGUCGAUUUGCCUAUCGACCCCCAGAUGAAGAUUAUCAUUCGGGACAGGGGGACGAGGGGGCAGCAGCACAAAGGGAAGCAGGUCGCCGACGCCUAG